UGUGGUACAUCUGCCGCGACGCGGACUGCGACCACGGCCUGUGACCCCGGCCGACCCCUAACCCCGGCCUGUGACCCCCGGGAGACCCCCGAUCCCUGACCCCCGACCUCGGAGGACACAGGCGGCCACAUCCACUGCGGCUGGGCAUGCGGGUCAUCGUGGCUGGGAAGGAAGUGUGCAGAGGCCGUGAAGUCAUCGCCAGCAUCUGGGCAGAGUCUGGGCCAGACAGUGCGCACUUCCUGUUCUUGGACCUGGCGUCUCUGUCCUCCAUGUGCAGCUACGUCAAGAAAGGUAUACAAAUUGACACGGAAAUAUUCAUGGAAAUGUUGGUUUUAUUGGAUAUGCAAAUCAGGUCAUUAAUAUGCACGGAUCACCUCACCACGUUCUGCGCUCAUUUACAUAUGCAAAUCAUCUCGAGGAUUCUCGGUGCCUACCAGCGCUUCCUGGUUAUGCAAAUCAGAACCUGCAAGAGGGUGCCUGGGCCUCACCGUACCCAGCGGCGUCACGGGAGCUGGAAGAGGUUGGAGGUCUCCACCUGUGGAAUGAGGUGGAGGCAGAAACAGAGCCGGGAUGGGGGGAGGGGCAGGGGGCGGGGCCAAGGAAUAAAGGCUUCGUCAUCAUCUGCCUGCCUCAGAUCCUCUUGUUCUUCACUCGGGGUCAUCCCCCUGCCUCACAUUUUACUACGGUUCAUCCCCCUGCCUCAGACCCUCCCUCACCGUGACCCAAAGAGGGAGGUGGGGCCGGGACAUCACCCCAAGUAGACAUGGGCAUCGUCUGUCACUCACCCC